AUGGCUACAACGGCAUAUCUAUAUCUUACAUGGGAAGACGCUUAUAUAACAUGGUCGCCUGCUAGCUACCAUGGUAUCAGCCGACUCUACAUUCCCCAAGUUGACAUCUGGAGACCUGAUAUCGCUUUAACCAAUGGCUAUUCAAAGAUGAAAGAACUUGGUGAUGACUUUAUAUUAACUGCAAUCAGUAAUAACGGAACUGUCGAAUGGUUCCCCUAUGAAGUUUUUCAAACGAAAUGUUCGAUUGACGUUUCGAAUUUCCCAUUUGAUAAACAAACAUGUAAUGUCACAUUCAGUGUGUGGACAAGUCUUCAGGAGGACAUUGUUCUUGGUUUCGACACUGGAAGGAAUGCGGUCAAUCUUGCAUCUUACCAAAUAAAUAGCGAAUGGGACCUCAUUGAUACUGCGGCUGAUACGCGUGCUUCGUUUACUGAUGGAGACGUUGUUUCAUUUUCAUUAACAAUUCGAAGGCGGCCAGAAUAUUACAUGUACAAUGUUGUCGCUCCAGUUAUGCUUCUUUCGUUUUUGGCUGUGUUCACAUUUGCUUUGCCUGUUGAAUGUGGAGAGAAAAUCGGAUUUUGCAUGACCGUAUAUUUGGCCUUCGCUGUCUUUCUUACCAUAGUAGGUGAAUCCCUACCUGCUAGUUCAACCCAGUCUCUACUAGGCAAAUACCUUUUUGCUCUACUGAUGAUGGGAACUGCAAUUGUCAUGGUUACUACAUUUGAACUAAGAAUCAACUCAUGGAAUACAUCUUUAUUCAAAAUUCCAGUCUUCCUGAAAGCCCUCGUACAUAUCAGCUGGAGGAUUCAAUGUCGACGACGUCACAUUGUGUCUGAUCAAGACCGUGUGUCUGAACAAAACAAGAUCUCAGAUCGAGGGCAGGAGCCGGAAAAACAAGAUAUGCCAGAUGGCCAACAGCAUGACGUGAGUCUAAGCUGUAAAGAAAAACAACGAACAAAUUGCAAUUUGCACAAAUUUGGUUCCGAAGAUACAACGUGGCAGGAUGUGAAUUCAGCUAUCGAUUUCUUUUGUUUUUGGAUCUUCUUAACAACCAAUAUAAUCACUACUUGUGCCAUAUUUUCAGUGGCUAUCACAAAUGUCUGAUCUGUUGAAAGCAGAUAUGUGUAGGAUGUGUAACCUUCAUUUUUAUUACCUGGUCAAUCCGCAUGUGAAAGAAGCAAAACACAUUACGAGCACGUGGAAUAAUAUCAUGCAGUAAUGUUGAAAUCGAACUAUCUUUUAUCCAAACUUCUUUAUAAAUAUAAAGAGCCAGGAAAAGUGACUGUCUGAUGUGCCAUCCAUGUGGAUUUUCGAAGUUGUACCGGAACAUAUGGUUGAUUCAAUGAUCAUGCUACUUCACAGUCUGAUUAUCUAUUUCAUCUUUAUCAUUUGAAUUAAAAGUAAAUAUUAUUAUAAACAUUACGAUAUAUUUUGUGAAUCUGCAAUUGGUCUUUUGAAUGCAACACUCGACAUUGGAAUCAGUUCUGAAACGACAGUUUUUCUUGUAACUGGAAUUUUUAGACGUUUAGAGUAGAGAAACAAAUCAUGGAUGUAUAAGUACAAGACUGGGCCUGAGAAACUAUGCGAACAGACACAACUGAAAACAAUGUGUUGUAGAACACACAGAAACAUAUUACUACACGUGCUGUGAUUUUCAAUGUCUUUUCAUCUCAUUAAAUUCUAGUAUUUAUCGUAAUGCUGUCGUCUAUUUAUCUGCGAUGUAUUUUGAACAUCAAAAUGUAGUUUAUGCUGCUAUCAUAUUUGAUGACUAAAUCUGUACUAAAUGUAUUAUGAUUGGGUGGCUAAAUGUGUACAUAACCUGUGAUAUACGUACAAAUAUAGUCUUGUUUAGAUGGCUGCAAAACUUGAUUGCAAGUCGGUAUUGCGCGAAAUAUAGCAUUUGCGAAAUAGUUCCAAUAGGGCGGAUGAAUGACUACAUGUGUACUCUACUACAAAGUUUGAGUUACAUCACACAAUUUAAUCUAAUAUAGUUCGCAACGCGUACGGUACCAAAUAAUCCUGAAACAAACCUUAACUCAAACACAUAUCACAAGUUUUUUUUACAAUGUACAAUGUAGAACACAACCUUAAUUUAAACACAUAAAUCAAUGUCUUCUACAAUGUACAAGGUGGCACAAAACCUGAAUCCGAACACAAAUUACUGGUAUAGUAUAUAUUAAGGUAACAAUCUUACCUUUAACACCAAUCCGAGGUGUCAUAUCUAAAAUUCUAACCCUAUCAAAGAUGAAAUGUAGAAGAUGGCAUAUAGCCUUAACUUGAGAAAUCACAUGUUCACGCGUGUUAGGAAGUGUGUAUUAUUAACUCUAGCACCAUUUAAGUUAGUUUGUGUAUGAAAGGAAGCAUAUAUAUAGCCUCAAAUCAAAUUGUGUUUGAUAUAUAGCCUUAACUCAAACGUUCAUCACAGUUGUAAUACCACGCGAUGUACCCUUAACUUUAACACUAAUUACAGGUGUAAAGGAAAAUGUAGUAUAUACCCUAAGCCUAAAACAAGCCACAGGUGUAAAAGAAAAUGAAGCAUAUUCCCUUAAGCCUAACCCAAAUCAUAUGUGUAAUUGGAAAAUACACCAUCGAUUCGACACAUUAAAUGUUUUUAGUGAAACAUAUUUGAAAUUAUAUAACUCGUAUAUGUUCACCAUUAGGUUUUCCCCGCCAUCUUACCUUGUUGUGACAUACCUUUUUCGCUGUAGACAAAACUUAAUUUCCUGCGUAAACACACUUUCAGAAAAUCCGGAAAAUUAAAAUCCGGAACCAAUUGAUCUAUUUGAGUUUUAACAAAUAUAAAGCCUGUAUAUACUACUUUAUAAUGAAUAUACCAAUAUUGAGAAAAUGUAUUUGUGUAAUUUUUAUGCAUAUCAUCAUACAGGAUUUAUUUACUAAAAAAUGUGGUGUGUUAUCUUAUUUUAUUGGAGACAAAUAGCACAUAACUUCCCUUUUUUAGAUAAAUGUGCCCAUUUUAUGUUGUUGCGUUUGUAUCGCUAUAUAUAUCGGAUGCGUAUUAGACUGGUAAGAACUGACUGUUGAGAGAAACCUACUCCGUAGCAAUUAAAUAUACAUUUACAUCGAUUGUGAUAUAAUAACGGCCUCAAAUUUAUUCUGAGCAAUGUUUUGUUGUCAAAAAUGGACAAUGACUACAUGAUUUACUACACAUUUUGUUAAUUAGUUUGGGUGUCAGUCAAAUGCAUAUUGAACCAUUUGAAUAACUAUGAUUAAUAAAGGCCACCAUUUCAUUACCAACGAAAGGUAUCUGAUCAGGUGUCGCGGUAAUGUUACAUUAUAAUUUCCUGUAUUUGCCUAAUGCACCAUAUGUAUGCAUGGAAGACUUGUAUUAACUUCGAGAAUGUCUAUACAUGAGUUUAUCUUGGUGUUUCAAGAUCAAUGUAAAUUACCCAAGCGUAGCUUCUGUAUCCUGUGCAUAUAUAAUUAAUUCAUUAAAGUUAUCAUUGUGAUUUAAAA